CGAGGACUUUUGUGGCGCAAGCGCGCAAUUGUCUACAGUCGUGCUCGUCUGGCCUUCUGCUGCUCGGCUUUCCUUUGCCUCCGUCACAUCCAUCAUACCUCAGUUCAUACGAAAACACUCCCGCCGAUAGAAGAAAAUGGCCAACGCAGGACCGUCGACAUCCGCUAGUUUGGAAAAGGAUGUGUCGGUGGACAACAUGACUUCACGAGACUACUAUGCGGACUCGUACGCGCACUUUGGUAUCCACGAAGAGAUGUUGAAGGACAGCGUCCGGACGGGAUCAUAUCGCAGCGCGAUCGUCAACAACGCGCAUCUGUUCAAAGGCAAGACUGUGCUUGACGUUGGCUGUGGCACUGGGAUCUUGAGCAUGUUCGCCGCAAAGGCGGGCGCAAAACACGUCGUCGGGAUCGACAUGUCCAACAUCAUCGAUCAGGCAACCAAAAUCAUCGAGGCCAACGGCUUCAAGGACACGAUCACGCUCGUGAAGGGCAAGCUCGAGGACGUCCCGCUACCCAUGCAGGAAUUCGAUAUCAUCAUCUCGGAAUGGAUGGGCUACUUCCUGCUAUACGAGUCCAUGCUCGAUACCGUGCUGCUCGCACGUGACCGUUACCUCAAGCCCGGAGGCCUCAUCUUCCCUGACACCGCGACGCUGUACCUCGCUGCGAUCGAAGACGCGGACUACAAGGAGGAGAAGAUCAACUUCUGGGACAACGUAUACGGGUUCGACUACUCGUGUAUCAAGGACAUCGCAUUGCGAGAGCCUCUUGUAGACACCGUCGACCUGAAGGCAGUGGUCACGGAUCCCUGCCUUGUGAAGCACAUCGACCUGCUGACGGCAAAGAAGGAAGAUCUUACCUUUACGGCACCGUUCACACUAAACCCCACGCGGGACGACUACGCGCAUGCCUUCCUGGCCUGGUUCGACAUCUCCUUUGAGUGCACGCACACGAAGGUGAAGUUUUCGACAGGGCCCCAUGCCAAAUACACUCACUGGAAGCAAACUGUAUUCUACACGCCCGAGACGCUCACUCUAUACCAGGGCCGGCCGGUCAAAGGCCGUCUGUCGUGCGCACCGAACGAGCGCAACCCGCGCGACCUCGACAUCCUUGUCACAUACCAGACCAACGACGAGCCGGAGGUCGAAGUACACUACAAAAUGUAUUAGACGACUGCUGUAUCUUUUGGGACUCAGAGCUGCCGCGAUCAUAUGUGUUAUUUUGAUCUUGACCCAUGAUGGGUGUCCAUGCCAGCCCCGUCGUCGAGGUUUCCCGCGGAUGUCAAUGCAGGCCCAGUCACAUGUAUAGAGCUUGUUUGAGAGGAGUCGCUGCAUCCUGCAAACAUGCAACCAAAAUGGGCGAGAAUGCGCUCCAUGAGCAGAGUAGGAAGAAAUACGUGGGCGAGUGGUAUGCGUUGAUUGCGUACUUAAUCCGACGUGUUACAUACGAACAGACUCUGUACAGAGAAGCAAUGGUGCUGCCAGACAGGAUAUAUGAGUAUGUACGAGGCGACGGCUUUUUCGGGAGCGACAACUGCAGACCGAAUUUCCGCCGUGCGGGACGACCGCAUCAGUCAAAUGGGCCAUCGAGCUCAUUACACCGCCCACACCCAGCG